AAAAUCGAAAUUGUGGUCUCGCUGAAUCAGUUCCCAAACGCCAACUGUUUGUAAAAUUCAUUAUUAAUUUAUUAAACUCACACAAAUUACUACAGAAAUGGCCGCUAAAGUUGCAAGCAAUACCAACAAAGUGUUUCAGAAUCACGAUGAUGUGCAUAUAUCAUUCGAAGAUCAACAGCGCAUUAACCGCUUCGCCAAGCAUAAUGCGCGCAUGGAUGAUCUGAAAGUGGAGUUGGAUAUGAAGAAGAAUGAUCUCAAGUGUGUGGAAGAGGCGCUCGAGGAAAUCGAGCUCUUCGACGAGGAGGAGGACAUUCCCUUUCUAAUUGGCGAAGUUUUCCUCUCCCACAAGCUGGGCAAGACACAAGAACUGCUCGCCGAGACCAAGAAUCAAACGCUCAAGGAAAUUGCCAGCAUCGAGGCCAAGGCGAAGGUGAUCAAAGCUGAAAUGGAUGAAUUAAAGGCUCAUCUCUACCAGCGGUUUGGCAGCAACAUUUCGCUUGAAAGCGACGAUUAAAUCGACGACUGGUUCGCUCCUGGCAUCAAAUAAACUCCCAUUCAUUUAAAUAGAGUACAUUUAAUUUAAA